UAAUAGUAAACUGUAAUUUUUAUAAAUUUUUCCGCACUGAAUUUAAAAAAACAAGAGAGAAACAAAAGUGAACGAAAGGAAAACAAAAUGAAGCAAAAUGAGUACGACAGUAUUUUGAAAACAAUAAGAAGUUUUCGAGGUUUGACAAGAGACUGUUCAAAAAUGCUGGUGGAAAAAUAUAGCCAUAUCAAUAAAUAUGCACUAUUUAGUAUUUUGGCAAUUGAAGUCCAACAGAGAAUGAAAUGUAUGCACAGUCGACUUUUUGGCGGAGAGAAAAAUUACUACGAAAGAUACAAACAAGCUCAAAAAACAAGUAAACAAAGUGGAAUUAUAUUACAAAUGGCACUUCAAAUUAAUGCACCACCAUCAUUAUUGGCACGUCAUAUUUUAGAGGAUUACUUAACCGAAAAGGGAGAAAGUAAUUCACGUUCUUCUUUGGGAAAAUAUCUCAAGGACUCGACUUUAAUUGAAGAUAAAGACUUGGCUUAUGAAAUAUUUACGUGUGUAUUAUAUGACGAUCAAUAUGGACCAGUUGCGGAUUCAAUUGCAUUGUCCGUUGGCGAGGAAUAUGAAGUUAUAUUGCAAUGUUGCUUAAAGGAGCGUAAUAUUUCAUUUCGUAAUGAGCAUCAUUUGCGUUCGAGGGGUUACGAUAAAACGCCCGAUGUUAAACUUGAAAUUCCAAUUGCCGUCAAUGGUUAUGUGAUUAAUUGGAUUGAAUCAAAGGCAAGAUUUGGUAAUGCUGAGAUACAUAAGAAAAAUGUUAAGGAACAAUUUUCAAGUUAUUGGAAUCGUUUUGGACAAGGUUUAGUGAUUUAUUGGUUUGGCUUCUUGGACACUUUAAUUCAACCCAGCGAGAAACGUUUUAUUAUUCUCGAUCAUUUUCCCAAAGAAAUCACCUACAUGAAUCCAAAUUCUAUACAGCCAUUGGCAUUUUAAUGUAUAGUUAUACUACGAAAAAAGAACAAAUUAAUUUUUUUAAUUCUAUGUAAAUAGAAUUUCUUUUUUUGUUAAUUGUAUUCAAAUCGAGGAAGUUACGUUGUUUUUUUUAAAUAAAAAGUAACUUCUCUUUUUUGUGUGAAAAAAAAUAUAAAUAAACGAUAUUUUUUACUCUU